ACUGGUGAAAGAAAUCCGCCACGCGAAUACACGAUAAUGGAGAAUGUCGAGUAUUCAAUCGAGGUUGAAGAGCUGGCCGAUGGCAAAUGGAGUCCAUUCAAAGGAAAAGACAUGCAACUGGAAUUUGUUCGCAUUGAUCCGUUUGUUAGAACAACACUAAAGAAUUCGAAUGGUAAGCUGAAAACUUAUUUCAAACUUCCGGAUGUAUAUGGUGUCUAUAAAUUUAUGGUGUCGGUACGACCACUUCAACAUACGCAAUACGAACGUUUCAUCUACAGUGCUUACCCAUACUAUGUGUCAUCAUUUUCGAUGAUGAUCGGAGUCGUGCUGUUUUCAUUUGUGUUCCUUUAUCACAAAGAUUCAAAGAGAGAUUAG